AUGAAUAUAUUGAUUUAGGUCAUGGAUCAUAUGUUGACAUUUCCUCAUAUGAUCUUAAUAAAGAUCCUGUCUAUUUUAUGGGACAUUCAGCUGUUUUGAGGCCCGAUGCAGUCUCUACAAAGCUUCGUGUGGUUUUUGACGGAUCAAUGCUAACAAGCAAUAAGAUUUCACUGAAUAAUAUUUUAAUGAAUGGCCCAAUUGUUCAGCAGGAGUUAUUUGACAUACUGUUGUCUUUCAGGGUACACAAGUAUUUCAUUGCUUGUGACAUUAGGCGUAUGUUCCGCAAUAUAUUAAUUCAAAAAGAGCAGCGUUCUUUGCAAAACAUUCUUUGGCGAGACACUCCAAAUGAGUCAAUAAAGUGUAUUCAAUUAAACACUGUCUCCUAUGGCAUGAAGUCAUCUAGUUAUCUUUCAACAAAAUGCCUGAAUGAGCUGGCCACAAGAUUUGAGAGGCAAUAUCCUCUGGCCAGUUCGGCAAUACUUAACUCGACCUAUGUAGAUGACAUCAUACAUACAGAGAAUAGCUUGGCAAAGAUUGUUGACACACAAAACCAAUUGAUAGAAUUACUUGCUAAAGGUAGUUUUACUUUGCAUAAAUGGGCAGCCAAUGACCCUUCAAUUUUGACAAACAUUCCAGUAGAACAGCAGGUUGUUGGGGAACUGGAACUCAAUAAGGACAUCAAAACUUUGGGUUUAAAGUUAGAUAUUGACUCUGAUUCUUUUAAACUUUCAUGUCCAAUGUCAAAAAAUGUCCCUAAGACAAAAAGGCAAAUUUUAAGCUAUAUAAGCCAGUUUUAUGACCCGUUAGGUCUAGCUGGACCCGUUUUUGUCCAAGCAAAAAUAAUCAUGCAAAAGUUGACUCAGUCUUGUACUGACUGGGACUCUGAGCCCUCACCAAUGCUAUUUAAAGAAUGGCUAGAUUUUUACAAUGAUUUGCAGGCAAUGAAAGAGAUUAAAAUCAAACGAAAUGUUACUGUUGACAAUAUUCAGUCUGCUCAGCUUGUAGCAUUUGGUGAUGCCUCAGUUUCUGCAUAUGGGACUGCUAUUUAUCUAAGAGUCACUGACAAGCAUGGUAAAGUAUCUAUGUCUCUUCUUUGUUCUAAGAGUCGCAUUGCAUCUAAAGACAAGAAAUUGACUGUGCCACGAUUAGAAUUAAAUGCAUCACUUUUAAUGGCAAAAUUAUGCUUGAGAGCAUACAAUACAUUAAGUAAGAAGAUUUCUAUUGAAAGUGUGCAUCUUUUCAGUGAUUCUCAGGUUGUUCUGGCAUGGCAAAAAACGGAUCCAACAAAGUUAAAUGCUUAUGUUGCUAAUAGAGUCAAAUUAAUCAACGAAUAUACAAAGGGUUUUCAAUGGUUGUAUAUAAAAACUGACCUCAAUCCCUCUGACUGUUUGAGUCGAGGUGUACAACCCAGCGAACUACAAGGUAACCAACUGUGGUGGUGUGGUCCAGCUUGCAUGUCUGAUCCAGAGUAUAAAUUCACCGAUGACUGUAAGAAUGUACCUGACAACUUACCGGAGAUCAAGCAUGCAGAUGGAUCCAAGCCGGUGUGCAUGGCAUCAUAUCAAUCGGUUUCUCUUGCGAAUGAUUUGUUAGAUAAGUUUUCUAACAUUAAUAAGGCAGUAAAUGUGCUUGCUUAUAUACAAAGGUUCUGUAAAAAUGUGAGGUUGGGUUCACAAAAAGUUAAGCUUAAUUUCAUUACAUUUAGCGAGGCAACUCAGGCAUUGCAUUUAAUUAUAAAAAAUGAACAGGAAAAGUUCUUUGAUAAAGAGCUAGCCUCAUUGCGGGCAGGUAGGCAAGUUGCAUCGUAUUUGCUGUCUGUCAAUCCCUUCAUUGAUGCUAAUGGCAUUCUCAGAGUAGGUGGACGUUUGCAACAUUCUUCCUUACCUUAUAGUCAAAAGCAUCAGAUAAUCUUACCUAAAGAGUCUAAGGUGACUCACCUUAUUAUUGAAAAUGAACAUUUGAAGCUGUUACAUGCCAGUCAAAAAGAAGUGCUUAGCAAUUUAAGUCAACGCUAUUAUAUAGUAAAUGGUUUGCGAUUGGUAAAAAAGUUUGUAAAUAAAUGUCUCACAUGUUUUAGACUAAAAGGUAUAACCGCAAAACAGCUGAUGGGUUCAUUGCCCGCUGGUAGGGUCAACAUAGAUCGUGCGUUUGCUAAGGUUGGCAUAGACUUUGCGGGACCAAUCCUAAUAAAGCAGUCAAGAGUGAGAAGUGUCAUCACUACAAAAGGUUACAUUGCUGUGUAUGUGUGCUUCGUUACCAAAGCAGUACAUUUAGAGUUGGUGUCAGAUCUGACUACUGAUACAUUCUUGGCUAGCUUCAAACGUUUCAUUGCAAGACGUAAUGUUCCAACCGAGGUUUAUUGUGACAAUGCUGCUACUUUUAAGUCAGCUAGUACUCAGUUGUCUGAGCUAUAUAAAUUAAAUAAUAAUAGAUGUCAUCAAAUGCAAGUUCAAAAUGUAACUGCCAAAUUGGGAACAACAUUCCAUUUCAUACCUAGUUACUCCCCUGUCUUCGGAGCCUUAUGGGAAGCGGCGGUGAAAAGUUUGAAAUACCAUCUGAAAAGAAUGUUGGGCUCACAUGUUUUAACAUAUGAAUUAUUAUACACACUACUUGUUCAAAUUGAAGGUAUUUUGAACAGUAGGCCGAUAACGCCAAUGUCAUCAGAUACAGAGGAUCUUUCCUACUUAACGCCGGGGCAUUUUUUAACCGGUGCUCCCUUAACUUGCUAUCCUGAGCAGGAUAUCACGAACUUACCUGAUAAUAGAUUAAAGUUUUGGCGGAAAUGCACUGCAUUGCAGCAACACUUUUGGCGAUAUUGGUCUAAACAAUACCUAAAUGUCUUGCAAAACCGUCCUAAAUGGAAGACUGCUUUGCCUAAUAUUAAAGUAGGUGCUCUAGUUAUCUUGCGUGAAAUAGAUACUCCACCUAUGACUUGGCCUAUGGCUAGAGUAACCAAGGUUUUUCCAGGUCAGGAUGGGAAGGUAAGAGCCUUAGAAGUAAAGAAGGCAAAUGGUAAAGUGCAUACAACUUCUAUUACCAAAGUUUGUAUAUUGCCUUUAGAUGAAUAAUAUUUUUCUUUAAACAAAAUGUGUUAUGUGACACUUUCAUAAUAUGCUAUGUUGAUAUUUAGUUCAGUGUAUUAUGACAUGGCUAAAAAUCCUACUAAAUUAUAACUGUUCUAUGAGUAGGUAGUCAUGGUAUGGAUUAUUUAUGUUGAUGCUGGUUGCAUCCAAUGUUUAUUUUGUUCUAUAAAAUGUGUCUUAUGUUAUUUACUAUUUCAUAACUACAUCAGCAAUCUUGUGAAAUUGCCUACAUAGCUGCUUAUUAAGUUUUUUAGUAAGUGUUAACAUAAUUUCAAUUUACAAACCUUAAAAGAUUACAGUCCACUCAAAUAUAAAGCUGUGUAAUGCAACUAUGCAAGAAGCUAAUAAAAAUGUAGUAUAUAUAUAUAUUUAAGAAGCUAUUGAUUUCAAGCCUAUUUGUUAUUUUCUGUCGGCGGAGUAUGUUGCAGAAUGUAGUUUGUAUACCUAUGUAUGUCUUAUGACUAGCAACAUUAAUAUUCAUGGUUUCCAUGGUAACAUAUGUACAAUUUCUUCUUGGACAAUAUAUCAUUCGUCUCACACGUAUUUCUGAUUUUCUAUUCAUUUAAAA